AUGAAAGCGGCAGCACCUAGCAGCAGUACUGACGCGCUCGAGCUUACCCUGCCUGCGCUUUCCGCGCAAAAACAUGCCGCCCCCUUAACCUCGCCUGGGGGGGAAAAAGAAUUCGUCGUGGCGAUCGACCUGGGCACGUCAUGUACCGCCUUCAGCUGGAAGUCUCUUGCGGACCCAGCGGGGCCUUCCAUCGGAGUACCCGACAUGAAGCCAAACGAUGACAUCAUAGGGAAGAGCCCGACCACCCUCCUCAUCGCUGGCAGCACGGGGUCGGACAGGAUGUUCAGGCCCACUGGCGCCGAGGCGUACGGCCGAGAAGCGCAGCGCCGCUACGCCAUCGGCGACAUCCCUCACGGGGCACAACUGUUCAAGCGCUUCAAAAUGAGAGAGAGAGAGAGAGA